AUGGCUCUGAAUUUGCUCUCGCCGACAGAUAUCAAGUCCUUCUCUUUCCUCGACAUCUCUAAAUCCAAUCAUAACCUUAAUCUCCUCAAAUUCCGAGGUGGCUUUGCUUUGAAAAAGAAGGAAUGUGGAAGGACUGCUGCAAAGAGAGUCCAGUGUUUAGCUCAGCCACCUCCUCCGGCUUGGCCAGGACGGGCUGUUGCAGAACCGGGCCGUAAAAGUUGGGAUGGUCCAAAGCCUAUCUCAAUUGUUGGAUCUACUGGCUCCAUUGGUACCCAGACAUUGGACAUAGUUGCAGAGAAUCCAGAUAAGUUCAGAGUUGUGGCACUUGCUGCUGGUUCGAAUGUGACUCUUCUUGCUGAUCAGGUGAAGCGAUUCAAACCUCAAUUAGUUGCCGUUAGAAAUGAGUCAUUAGUUCGUGAACUCAAGGAGGCUUUAGCCGAUGUGAAAGAAAAGCCUGAAAUAAUUCCUGGAGAGCAAGGAGUUAUUGAGGUUGCCCGGCACCCUGACGCUGUCACCGUAGUUACAGGAAUAGUUGGCUGUGCAGGAUUGAAGCCAACAGUGGCUGCCAUAGAAGCAGGAAAAGACAUUGCCUUGGCCAAUAAAGAGACACUAAUUGCUGGAGGUCCAUUUGUACUUCCUCUUGCACACAAGUAUAAUGUAAAAAUUCUUCCUGCAGAUUCCGAACAUUCUGCUAUAUUUCAGUGUAUACAAGGCUUGCCGGAGGGUGCCCUAAGGCGCAUUAUUUUGACUGCAUCAGGUGGUGCUUUUAGGGAUUGGCCUGUUGAUAAAUUGAAAGAAGUAAAAGUAGCAGAUGCUUUGAAACAUCCUAACUGGAAUAUGGGUAAAAAGAUAACUGUGGACUCUGCCACCCUCUUCAACAAGGGUUUAGAAGUUAUUGAAGCUCACUAUCUUUUCGGGGCCGAAUAUGAUGACAUUGAGAUCGUCAUUCAUCCCCAGUCAAUCAUACAUUCAAUGAUAGAGACUCAGGAUUCAUCUGUAUUAGCUCAGUUGGGAUGGCCUGAUAUGCGCUUGCCUAUUCUCUACACUUUAUCUUGGCCUGACAGAAUUUACUGUUCUGAGAUUACUUGGCCUCGUCUUGAUCUUUGCAAGGUUGGUUCUCUUACAUUUAAGACUCCGGAUAAUGUGAAGUACCCGUCCAUGGAUCUGGCCUAUGCUGCUGGUCGAGCUGGAGGGACCAUGACCGGAGUUCUUAGUGCGGCUAAUGAGAAGGCUGUAGAAAUGUUUAUUGAUGAAAAAAUUAGCUACCUGGAAAUUUUCAAAGUAGUGGAGCUAACUUGUGAUAAGCAUCAAGAAGAAUUGGUAUCCUCGCCGUCACUCGAAGAGAUCGUACAUUACGACUUGUGGGCCCGUGACUAUGCCACCAGUUUGCAGCCCUUGGCCGGUUUAAGUCCUGCUCUUGUAUGA